GAAAGAGAGUUUCUUCACCUGGAAAUCAAUGGAACAAAACGUCAGCCAACUGCUUCCGGAGCAAACAGAAUGGUCUUUCUUAAUCUUUAGGUUGUUUAACUUGUCUAGUUGUUUAUUUGUGUUUACAACUUAAAUUAAUAGAAAAUAAAGUUGAAGAUAAUUCUUAAUUCAAUUUCUAUUUAUUAUAUAAGACCAACUAUAAUCUAAAUUAGUUGAUUAAAACCAAUAAACUCCAUCUCAAGUUUAAGGAAACCCAAAACAUCUUACUUGUUACAGCUUGAACCAGUUUCCUGCUGUUGUUAUCAUAACCAAUAACAUCUGUCCGCAUUAGCUGCGUUCAACUCUAGAUGGAUUUAUAGCAAUAGCUCUUCAUAUUGUGGUCAGUCUUUUGAUUAUUGUGUUAUUAGUUUAUAGUUAUAAACUACAUGAAAAUUAAAUUGUUUACUCUGUGAUUCUCUAUUUAAUAUAUAUUGAUAUUUUCACCCAAUCUUCAAAAAACAUGCAACGCUUAUUUUUGUGCCCGUUCUUUGUUUAAUACUAAAAUCAUUUGUUCAAAAUGUCUUUUAUGGAAAAUUCUGGUCAAGUAAUACUCAUGCUUUUUAAAUCAACUUCAAGUGAUUAUUUUGGUGUAAUACUCUGAAGUUAAUAAAUCUAUCUAAUAGAUUGAACAAGCUCUGGAAAAUCUACUAUAACCAUAUGAUACAAGUUAAAGUUUUCAAGCAACUGCAAGUAUCCUGUUGAGUCAACUUUGGCUAUAUAUCUCUCAUUCCUGAAUUAUCAACUCAACUUACCAUGGUAAAAAUCAAUUUCAAACCUUACCAUGGCCAAAUCUUAUACUGUUUAACCUCUUUAAUGCUCCAAUUUAGUCAUCAAAAUGAGAUAGAUAUAGCUUUACCAGAUCUACCUUUGUAUCAUUAUCCCUACUUUUUUCAAAGUAACUUACAACUAUUCGAUAAGCUUUGUUCAGCUUCAAAACAAUCUACUUCAAGACACAAAGAGAUUUGUGAUUAUGUCAAUACUCAUGGCCUUAAAUGUUGGGGUUAUGAAUCCAGUUUUGGGAUCAAUUGUCUCAACAAGACUGAAAGAGUGGCAGUUUGUGCAGACAGUAGCAAAGGAUGGACGAAAACUAAAGACGAACAAAGUGAUACCUUUUUUAAUCAAGGAGACUUCGGUUAUAUUGCUGAAAGAGCCAAAGAACUAGAUACUUACUGUAAACCCAAAAUGACCUUUGGAAGCCCAUUGAAACUCCUAGGACAAAGCUCAAGCCUGGAAUGUACUCGUUAUUUCAGAUUUUGUCGAGCUAAAAGUAUCAUGAUAAAUUUUAAAAAAUUAAAAACACUCAAAGAACCUAUCAAAUAUAGAAGUGAUGUUCUUGACGAUGGCCAGAUUGGUGGUUGGGAUUGCGAUAUAGAUGAUUCCAAAAUUAGGAAAGAAAGCGCUCAUAAAUCUCCUCUCCAAUCCUGGUAUGAAGAGCUGGAACAUUACGAUGUAUACAAUAACAAGCCAGACUGUGAUACAAUAAUUACCAAGCCUACUUAUAUAAUGAAAUUAGAUGCUACCGUCAACAUGUACCAUCAUUUUUGUGAUUUUGUCAAUCUAUAUGCAACACUUCAUCUUAACCGUAGCUUCUCAUCUGAUAUCAAUAUACUCAUUUGGGACACUUAUCCUUAUCGAAGUAAUUUUGGAAUAAUAUGGAAAGCUUUCACUGAUAAUCCAAUUCUUAGUUUAAACCCUUAUUCUGGUAAAAAGGUUUGUUUCAAAGAUGUUGUAUUCCCUUUGUUACCUCGAAUGGUUUUUGGUUUAUAUUAUAAUAUGCCACUUGUGCCUGGAUGUAGGAAGAGCCGGCUGUUUCAAGCAUUCAAUGAACACAUUUUAUACAAAUUGAAUAUAACACAAGAUUUCAACGCAGAUUACGACCCAUCGGAAAUUAGAAUAACUCUGAUUUCCCGGACAACUAAAUACCGCAAGAUAUUGAAUGAAGAAGAACUUUUGACCAGUCUAAGAGCGAAAUCGAAGCAUUUUAAAGUUCAGAAAGUUGAGUUUACGCACCAAAUGCCAUUUGAUCAACAGCUAAAAAUUAGUCACAACUCAGAUAUUUUGAUUGGAAUGCAUGGAGCUGGGUUGACUCAUUGCCUUUUUCAACCAGAUUGGGGAGUUUUAUUUGAACUUUACAAUUGUGAUGAUGAAAAUUGUUACAAAGAUUUGGCAGCUCUUCGAGGUCUCAAGUAUAUUACCUGGUCUAAAAGAGAUAAGCUGUACCCACAAGACGAAGGGAACCAUCCAAAUUUAGGAGCUCAUCAAAAAUUUACUAACUAUCGAUUUGAUGUCAACGAAUUCAUAAAUAACGUAAUGGAAGGUGUCAAAUAUGUUCGAAAAGAACGAACUAAGUAUAUCAAGUCAAUGAACUCGACUGAAUCUUCUAUUUCAUUUAAAUCACAGAACCAUCUGGAACUUUGAGAUUUAUUUAUUAUAACCCGGUGAAAACGAGAUUAUUUAAAAUUGUAAACAUAUUUCAUCCUGUAAUUAAUUUUGAUCCAUACCCGAUGUAAUAUUUAUUUGUAAAUGCACCUCUCGAUCAUUCCAAACAAAAUUGAUCAUUUUCAAGCACAGUCCCCGUUUUAGUCAAGUUACUUAUCCAUUUCUAUUGAAAUAAACUUUAUUGCAUUGUUAA